UGGCAGAGUAUUUAGUUUCCAUCUUUGAAACUCUUGUCUCUAAUAUUGUGAAACAAUGUGGUCGGGUGAGAUCACUCCACGAAACCAGUUUUGACCAGAGAGCCCCUCCUGUGGGUAAACAACAAAAACCUUGGAGCAAGACUCUCUCAGCUUCCACUCUGAGAAAACAAUAUAAAGCACCACUUGCCUCUCUGCUCUCUCACUCGUUUACCACUCUGUCCAUCAGCAACACUGAGCUUCAGAAUGGCAUCUGGUGGAACACACAUCCUGGGCAUAGCCCUGGCCUUCAUUGGCUUUUUGGGCAACAUUGUCAUCUGCGCUCUACCCACCUGGAAGGUCACGGCCUUUAUCGGUGCCAACAUUGUCACGUCUCAGGUGAUCUGGGAAGGUUUGUGGAUGAACUGUGUGACCCAGAGCACGGGCCAGAUGCAGUGUAAAGUCUACGACUCCCUGCUGGCUCUACCUCGAGACCUGCAGGCUGCCAGGGCUUUGGUUGUCAUCGCCAUCAUCAUCGGCGUCUUUGGGAUCCUUCUCUCCAUAGUCGGAGGCAAAUGCACCAACUUUAUUUCCGAAGAGAGGCAGAAGUCCAAGGUGGCCAUCACUGCUGGAAUUACCUUCAUCAUCUCAGGGCUGCUGGUGCUAAUCCCAGUCUGCUGGACGGCCCACACCAUCAUCCGGGAUUUCUACAACCCCGUCCUCACCAACGCUCAGAGAAGGGAGCUGGGGGCUUCACUCUACAUUGGCUGGGGAGCCGCAGGACUGUUGUUCCUGGGCGGGGGUCUCCUCUGCAGCUCCUGUCCCCCCAGAGAUGAGAGCAGCUACAAUGCCACGUACCUGAAAGCCCGCUCUGUGGAGAGCAGCAAGGCCUACGUGUAGAAGGUCAACGGCUUCACAUAAAGAGAUGAAGACGCAACAAAACAAGAGUGGACCUUUAACGGUACCUUCUGUUUGAGCCAACACAUGAAUCCAGUUCAGUAUUCUACAAAUAGUAUCACAGUAAAGAAUUCCCGUUGUACAUAUGACCUCAAGGAUUUCCUAUUAAAAUUGUAUUUAUUUGACCUGACUUGUUUUUAAGUGUAUUAUAUCAUUUCUAACAGGUCCUUUUGUAACUGCCAUGUUUUACAUGUCAACCUUUUUGCUUGUUUCUGUGCCGUUGUGUACUAAACAUUACAGCUUUCAAUGCUGUUACUGUGAGACACAUUCUGACUCAAAUUGAUCCUUUUGCAAUAAACAGAAUUUCUUCACAGUUCUUCUGAAAACAUCUUUGUCUUAUGCGAGUUUUACUUUUCAUUAAA